AUGGCCAGCCUGCUGACGGUGCCGCCCUGGAAGCGCGUCCUGGACCGCGUCAUGCUGGCCCUGAACGUGCUGUCGCAGGCGGGGCUCCUCGUCGCGUUCUUCGCGGAGGUUCUCCGCCAGAGCCCGGACCGCGCCUCCAUCGCCUUGUUCUUCUUCACGGGCUUCUUCCUGCUGCACUUCGGUCUCUGGCGCCGCAUCGGUUCCGCUGACGCGUUGCGCGAGAACCUGACGCCUUUCCUGAACGUAGCUCAAAGCAUAGAAGAUGACGCACUCAAGGACCUGUAUGCGGACGGGGAGAGUCCCGGCCAGGGUCUGCGCCGCGUGCGCCAACUCACGCCCGUUCUUCCCAAGCUCAUCUUCAUGGCGCGGUGGCAGGCCCCGCUCGUCUCAGUGGUGUUGACGCUCCUGUUCGAGAUUGGAGGCCGCCACAUAGUGCCUCAUUGGCCCAACGGCCAGGGUCGCGACCUGGUCGAGCACUGCACGGUGGUGCUUCACAUCAGCCUCAUCGCCUACGCCGGGAGGGUAUUUUUGGUGACUUGCGCCAUGCAGUGGAUGUCCUCGCUGUGCAUGGACUGCUGCCUCCGGUUGCUCGCCGACCGCGCGGCCAGAGCGCCCACGUGGCACCAGCUGGCCCAGACUGUCCGCCAGCACCACAACCUGCUGACCGGCUUCAACAGAAUACAAAAGUACUUCAGCGAGGACUUGUCGCUGGUCGUGCGACUGAUGCUCUUCCUGGGGCUCAUCGGCGCCCUGCGGAUCGCGUUCGGCGUCCAGGACAUCAACAACAUGGUCAUCAUGGGCAUCGUGUACUCGUACGUGGCCACCAUCUGCGUGGCCGGCGAGCUCCAGGCAAGGGCAAAUCCGAGGGGGCAACCACUCUAGAAAUCUUGUGUC